AUGAGUGAAUAUCGACUUCAGCGCGCGAAGUCCGUGGCCAUCGUCAACUCGAAUCACUCCCAAGUGGUAAGCCUUAAGUUGUUACCUAGACUUAAAAGCAGCGCCAUAUUGUCAUUUCAAAGUUUAAAAAAUCUAUUUAUAUCCGUUAAAAUAUAAUUAACUACCACAAUAUAAUACAGUGAAUAUUAUAUUGUAGUAGAUAAUUAACUUCAUUUAUAAAACUAAACCUAUGAUACAUGUUACAUUGUUUCAGUUGACUCGCGCUUACUCAGUUGACAACUUGAACGAUUUCUCUCACGCCAUUCCACGCUACCUUCCACAGUACCCAACGUACUCGACGUACCGAAGAACCUACACUCCAUAUGUAAAGGAUCACACUCUAGUAAGUUCAUAAACCAUAAUAAAAUUUGACUUUACUCCGUAUUUUAAAAUUAUUUCAAAUGUAAAAAUGUAAAACACAUUACACUACCGUGCCUUCAGUUUACGGACUACUGGUACGACAAGCACCGCUAUUUCUCGCCCAUUCACGAAUACACAUCCUCCAUUCCUCGUCGCUACUACAACAGCGACAACAUAUCCAACCCGCUCUACUGGAGCUACCCGUACCCAUACUGGACCAGAUACAACAGCUACUUGAACAACUACCCCUACUUCAAGACGGUCAGCCCCAUAACCGACUCCUACUUCGACACCGUCUACCGCCGUGCCUACUACAGCCCCUACAGAACGUUCGCCCACAACAACGUGCUUUCCCGGCCUUGA